AUGUUUGGCAACCAUUUCUGUUUGCUGUCUGUGCUAAUCGUAUGCUUCGUUGACUUUAUUCAUACAGCGGUUACUGGCCGUGUUACUUUGGAUUUAUUGAGUAAGAAUAACAGUGACGAAGGUACCACCAGUGCUCCAAACAGUGAAGAUCAACACGAUUCCAUUCGUUCUGCAGAUCAAGGGAAACUGACCGGAAACCAAGAGAAAACUGAGUUUCUUUUUGGUCGAAUGCUGUUUAAGAAGUCGGUAGAUGGUAAGAAAACCGGGGAAUUACCAGAGAAGCCGUUGUUCAGUAGGCCUGUACGUGGUGCACCAGCCGUAGCUCAUACUAAGCAAAAAAGAAAGAAAGGCAAACAGUUUAAGGCAAUUUCCGGUAAAGAAGUACCAACAAAUGCGAGUGUGGUAGAAGACGAAUUGGCCAAGGGUCAGGAAGACAUGGAGAAUUUAUCAAGGAAUCAGCUUGUGUCGUACCAACACCACACUUCUAGGAAGUGGGAUAUUCAUACGCCGUUUUGCGGUUGUUCGUUGGUCCUUGUGAAUUUACUGAGAUGUGGAUGUCCUAUUCUUUCUCUGAGGCUUUUCGUGUAUUAUUUUCGUGAAAUAAGUCUUUUUGAAAUGCUUGACUGUUCUAAAGCGAUAAUUAUUUGCUCCAGUAGUGCGAAGGGGACGGAAACUUGGUUCACGCUUGUUAUAAUGACACACCGUGGACGAGCCUCUGGACUUCCAGAUGGAAACACAAAUACUUAA